AUGCGUUUCACCAGCCUCCUCGCCCUGGUGGCAACCCCCGUCCUCCUCGUCACCGCAACCCUCUACCCGGCAACGUCCAACACAAAGGGCUACAAACCCAAAAGCCUGAACUGCAGCGCCUCCAAAGUCUCAACAGCAAUCCAAGCCGCCGAAUGCUCCCACAACACCCGCGUCUCGGGAACCCAAACAUUCGCGAUCUUCCAAACAGACCACCAAUACGACUCUUCCAACGGCGCUCCAUACGGAACAUGUAGCGCAUACACGUGCACUGCGCCUACAUUCUCUGAACUGGAGGCUGACGACGAUUACUGGGCGUUUUAUUGGGGGGAUGAAGACCAGGGACAGAGUAGUGGGGUUGGUACGGGGUGUAUCAAGGAUCCGAGUAGUGGGGAGUGUGGGUGUGAGGAUUCGGAUGGGGUGUUUGUUGUUGGGAGUGAUAGUUGUACCUAG